AUGACGUCCGCUCAAGUACAUAUGCCAAAAUCGAUAACCAAUCGUCGUUAUCAAAUUCGAGAGAAAAUUUUUACAAUUGGUAUCAGUUUUAAAAUUAAAGAUGAGUUUGGACAUGACAAAUAUAUUAUCCGUUCAAGCCCAUGGACAUUAGGUAGAAAGCUUACAUUCGAAGAUAUGAAUGGCAAUGCUCUUUUGAAAAUUCAUCAAAAAGGAUUUCGUUUACUUGAUCAAUUUAGUAUUUUAUCAGCUCGUGAUAGUGAAUUAAACGAACCAGUGGCAUCUAUUAGAGAAAAAUUUACUUUCUUUAAAUACAGUUAUAAAAUUUAUUCAAUAUAUGGUGAAUAUAAAUUGAAAGGACUUGAUGUACUUAAUCAUGCAUUUACACUGACGAACAAAGAUGGUAAAACCAUUGCUAUUGUAAAUAAAAAAUUUUUUGCAAUCGCUGAUAUAUAUGAAGUUGAAGUAAUCGAUUCAAAUAAUGAUAAAAAACAAGAAGAUCAUGCUUUUAUUUUAGCAUUAAUUAUUGCUUUACAUUGUUCAGUGUAUUAUUGA